AUGGCAACACAAGAAGAGAGCCAGGUUAAAGAAUGUAAAGAAUUCUUGCAGAAGUUCGAAAGAUGGGCAGAUCCGACCUGGGGCUUCUUCGUUUAUGGCACCUAUACGCGCCCACAAGGCCAGGAAGUCUCAAACGAAGAUACAGACAAGGAAAGCAAAGCAUAUGCGACCGAUGAUGAUGCGCACUUCCAAGCAGUGAUCGGCAAAGUUUACGCCCACGCAACAGACAACCUGCGUUACAGCAACCCCGCGCCAUACAACCAGAAGAUAAUAGACAUAUUACGUCUCGAUCCUGCUGCUUAUAUGCCUGGCGCGUCGCUCGACGUCGUCUGCAGGCAUUUCCGCCAGCAUUAUGCUCAAAAGGUCUUCCCGGAGACAAUGGGUGAACCUGGGCCUCCUGCAAUACAGGACGACAUUCCCGAUGAGGAGAAACUCGGUCCAAAGUGGGCCUGGUGUAUAGUCAUCGAUGAUGAAGCUCUUGAGAGUUUGGAGAACGGCCCCGACCCCAUAGGAGAUACGCCGCCGGAAGGCGUGAAUCCUCUCAAACUAGCAUACAAUGCUAAAGAAGCAUUUGUAAAGUUACUAUCUGGGAUGAAGACGACAAUGGAGGGGCCUGAAGUGAUCGCUGCGGCAGGUCGUCCAGGUAGUGGAUGUCCUCAAACAGUGUGGAAUGGAUGGCUUAAGUUCUCUCCUGUGGAUCUUAUGGGUGUUUGGAUUCAGGCGGAGAGCAACGGUAUCAUUGAUCAGUUUUACGGGGAGGAUAAGCUUUUCGACUGGUAA